UUUUGAUCCGUCUUGGGCAACCCCACUCACUAUCAGACCUCCCAUGCGUCUCGCUCCCUUGGGAUUUCGCUUAUCCAGUCUUAAUUCUUGCUACAAUCAAUUCAGCUUGCCCCUGGUUGAUUUAUAGGAAGCUUCCUCCACCAAGUGGAUCUUGUAGGAUGCCAGAAAGAUACACUCGGGGUCGCUCUCGUGCCCGUUUGCCAUCCUAUUCGGAAUUUGAUCGGGCCCCGUCCUUGCAGCGUUCUUUGUCUCCUCACUCAGAAUCAAGAUUCAACACUACACCUCGAACUCGUUCUGUGGAGCGUGGCGCUGUCCGUCGCAAUGCUCACCGUUCCAGAAGCUGGUCGCGAUCAUCGUCGCACAACCAAGCACCAUCCCGUAGUCGAAGCCGAAGUGAAACUCCCAGACGUUACAGGAAAAAAGACUACAGCCGGACUCCGAGUCCCUCUGCCGAUGCUUCAAGAAGCUCAAAGAUAGUUAUCGAAAAGUUGACUAAAAAUGUCACCGAAUCACAUCUCCGGGAGAUAUUCGGUGGUUUUGGCGACAUACAAAGUCUUGAUCUCCCUAUGAAUAAAGCUUUCAUGACAAACAGGGGCACCGCAUACAUACUUUACCACGAUCCUGCGGAUGCAGAGGCGGCCAUCGCGCAUAUGCACGAGGCUCAGCUAGAUGGUGCCAUGCUGAACGUGUCGAUUGUUCUUCCUAGGAGAGCCUUCUCUCGCUCACCACCACCAGUUCAACAUAGCAGAGGAAGCUUUGGCCGUCCAGGACACGGCCGCGGACCUCCGUCGGAUAGUCGCGCUCCAAGGUCGCCGCCACCCGCUAGGAGGUAUCGCCGUUCUCGGCAUAUGGAAAGGCAUGACAUCUAUAGGCCUCGCUCUCUGUCGCGCUCCAGGUCGCCACGCCGUUCUCGAUCCCUUUCUUCCAAGUCUCUCUCAAACUCCCCACCGCCAAGACGGACACAUUCGCGUAUGGACAGCUCUCAGCGUCGCCGUCGCCGUAGCCCGAGCUACAGCAGCUAUGGCUAUAGCAGUCGCAGUGAUAGGGACCGGAGUAUGAGUCCAAGAAGAGACCAUCAUUGACCCAGUCUUCCUUCAAAGAUAUUGUCUUUGUGUCAUUUGAAAGUCUCGAGAAGAUAUCGCAUCAAAGCUACUGUUCUUGGCGCUGCUCAACUACCUGGGACUGGUAUGAGUGAUUCUGGGGUGCAGGCCAAUGGGCUUCUACACAUGAAUCAAAUUGAAGUAUUUCCGU